UACUACAUUGUAAGUAAUAACCAGUUUUUUUUAUUAAAUUUUAUUUUAUUAACGUGUCAUUGACUUUGGCCGCGUGGUUCCAUUAGCUUUGGCUUCGUGAUUCCGGUUGCUUGUGAUAUGUGCUCUUAUAAUAAUAUCAUGGAUCUUUCUUACGAACUACUUUGUAUAUUAUUUUUUAUUUUCAACAUAAACACUGCGACCUGUUUUAGUAAAUUUAAAACCGUUACACAAUCUAGUGGAUACAGUGACAGUAUAUUUUUGGAUUCCUUGCAGCUUUUACAAAGUUACAACUAUUCUUCGGAGAAACAUGUUGUGGUUACUGAAGAUGGAUACAAGCUCAACAUAUUUCGUAUACCCCGAAAAGGAUCUCCUGUGUUAUUAGUUCAUGGUAUUGGAGAUAGUUCGGACUCUUGGCUCGUUUUGGGGCCCAAACAUUCUCUAGCAUAUCAGUUAGCAGAUGCUGGAUUUGACGUUUGGCUUUUCAAUGCGAGAGGCAACAGGUAUUGCAAAGAACAUAUCAAAAACAUUUCUCAAAAACUGUUUUGGGAUUUCAGUUACGAGGAAAUUGGAUCGUAUGACCUACCGGCUACAGUGAACUACAUACUUUCUGAAACGCGUUAUUCUAAAGUUUCAUAUGUUGGGUUUUCACAAGGAUCGACAACGUUUUUUGUGAUGUGCAGUAUGCGUCCUGAGUUUAAUAAGAAAAUUAAUCACGCUAUUUUACUAGCACCUGUAGCUUGGUUGAAACAUACGAAGUACCCAUUGAUAGAUUUUUUUUCUAAAAGUUUAAACAUACUGACAUGGAUUGCUGAAACGCAACAAGUGUACGAAGCUUUUCCGUUUAAUGAGAAGUUGAACUUGUACCACGCUUCAGUAUGUGACACUCUUUCACCCGUCAGAAUGCUGUGUGAAUUGGAAUUAUUUGUGAACUUUGGCCUUCAAAAACUCAGUAACUUACUUCCAGAAAAACUACCCGUCAUAACUUCUCACAUACCGGCAGGGACUUCAUCAAAAGUAUUUUUGCAUUUUAUCCAAGGGUACUCGACUCAAAGAUUUCAACGUUACGAUUAUGGCGUAUCGAAAAACCUUGAGGUGUAUUCUUCUACGUUUCCGCCUGUGUACGAUGUUUCAUUAGUCAGUGCGCCAGUAACUUUGGUUAGUAGUGAAGUGGAUUGGUUCAGUGAUGUUGAAGAUGUAUCAAUACUUAAAAGAAAACUUAACUCCGUAGCGAAGUCAGUUCAUAUUAAUGGAUCUCUACAGUUUACACACCUUGAAUUUGUGUAUGGUGCACGCGUAAAUUCCGUUAUCAACAAACCUGUACUGAAUAUCUUGGAAGGCUUGAGAAAAAAAUAAAGCUGUGUACCUACAAAGAAAAAGAUAGUGAUAAGUGAUAACCUAGUGCUGUGUGUAAAACACAUACAAUAAUCGUGAUAUUAAAUAUAAAUAAUUUAUUUUUUGUUUCAGGUUAAAUUUAAUGUAGAUAAAAAUAGAAAGGCUGUUUGUUACGU